AUGCUUGAAUAUUGUAUCAUAGAUGAUAAACGAAAAAAUUCAAUUGUCAAUUUAUUAAAAGCUGAAAUUGCUAAAGGACUUGUUGACAAAUAUUGGACAUCAACAACACAAUUGCAUUGGAUCGCAACCUAUCUAGAUCCAACAUUCAAAGAUUUAUUGUUUGUUACAGAUCCAUUAUUUUUAGAGGAACAGAAGAAAUCAAUCGAAGAAGGUAGUCAUAUUUUGGCUAAUGAUUAUUAG